AUGCCUUUUCCCCUUGAACCCACUCUAUCUCAAGUUGAUCUCCCCGUAAUUGACAUCUCUGAAUUUCCACAAGAUCUGAGCCAGCUUCGAGAUAAUCCCCUCCUCGCCAAACUCAGAAAGGCCUGCAAAGAAUGGGGGUUUUUCUUUCUUGUCAACCAUGGAAUUCCAGUUGAUCUUCUGCAAAAGGCUGAGGAUGUUUGCCGAGAUAUAUUAUCCCUACCCACUGAGGUCAAAGACAGAGCCAUAACAAGUAAUCCAUUCAACACUUAUUCCCGAAGUCCAGAAUUAGAGGCAUUUCGGUAUUCAGAUCCGACUAAUCCAGCUUCCAUUGAGCAAACGUGUGCAAAAAUAUACCCAGAAGGGAACCCAAUAUUUUGCGAAACGAUGACAACUUACGUUUCGUCUGUAUCAAAUCUUGGAGAAAAAAUCACAAAAAUAAUACUUGCAAGCCUGGGGUUGGAUGCCAACGCUUUCUACCACUCUCACUUUGAUAAGUUCGCAUCAGUAUUGCGUAUAAACGGCUUUCCAUCGGAUAAAGUAUCGAUUGGAGAGGAGGUGCUCAUCCAUCAUACAGAUUUGGGGUGCGUCACAAUCCUUUACCAAGAUGAUGUGGGAGGCCUUCAGAUUCGAUCUGUGGAGGGCGAGUGGUUCAACGUCAAACCUCUCCCUCACUCAUUUGUGAUCAAUGUGGGGGACUCCCUUAAGGCGUGGAGUAACGGCAAAUACCGCAGCGCGGAACAUCGUGUUGUUUACAACGGUUGGAGAGAUCGUAUUUCAAUUGGCUUCUUCACUUUCUUUCCAGAUGAGACAGAAAUUUGGGCGCCGGUGGAGCUUGUGGACGACGAAAAUCCAAGGCGUUACAAGCCUUUUGUAUUCUCGCAUUUCAUGCAGGAAUUUAUGGCCGAUAAAGAAAAUAACGAAAGAGCUACAGCUAUCGAAAGCUUCGCUGGUGUAUGA